AUGUCCCAGCAGUACUCGUACGGCGGCGGCGGGGGAGGAGGCUACGGAGGCGGCUACGGCGCGCCGCCCCCUCAGCAGGGAGGCGGGUACGGCCAGCCACCGCAGCAGCAGGGCGGCGCAGCUUACGGCGCAGGAGGCUACGCAGGCGCGGGCCCAGGCGCAGGCGCAGGCGGAUACGGUGCUCCCCCUCAGUCCGGAUAUGGAGGCGCCCCUCCCCAGCAGCACCAGGGCGGCGGAGGCUACGGCCAGGGCGGCUACGGCGGCGCGCAGCAGCAGCAGCAGCAGCCGCCCGGUGGCUACGGACGCCCUCAGGCCUUCAGCUCGCGCACCGGUCCGCCACCGGGCGCCGACCCCCAGCUCUGGCAGUGGUUCGUCUCGGUCGACCGCGACCAGUCGGGACACAUCAACCCCACCGAGCUGUCCCAGGCCCUCAUCAACGGCGACUGGACGCCCUUUGACCAGGACACGGUCAAGAUGCUCAUGACCGUCUUCGACGUCGACCGCUCCGGACAGAUCUGCUUCAACGAGUUUGCCGGCCUGUGGAAGUACAUCAAGGACUGGCAGGAAGUCUUCCGACGCUUCGACAGCGACCGAUCCGGGUCCAUCGACCAGGGCGAGCUGGCAAACGCGCUCUCUUCGUUCGGAUACCGCCUCAGCCCCAACCUGCUUCGCAUCCUGUCGCAAAAGUACAUUGACAAUACCCCUUCCGCUCCGAACCCUGCUGCUCCUGGCGCCGCUGGCGGUGCCGCAGGCGGCAUGGCGCCGGGACGCAACGGCCAGGCAGGCAUCUCUUUCGACCGCUUCCUGCGCUGCUGCGUGGCCGUCAAGACCCUCACAGACAGCUUUGCCAGGCACGACACGCAACGGACCGGCUUCAUCCAGGUCAACUACGACACCUUUAUGGAGAUGUGCCUGUCGGCGCCCUGA